CAAGGGCUCCAAAUAUCACGUGUUAUCCGUUCGCAGUUUCCACGUGGCCGCGGUAUAACAUGGAAGAUAUGCCACCGGGGUCCCUUGGUGUAUAGGCUACUGCGAAGUGACGAAGCCGUCUAGUAAGCCUGCAAAUUGGAAAGCGCCUGUGCCUCUCUUAAGUCACGCUGAAUAUUGUUGCGAACUGCUUUCCGCAACAACUGCUGUUACAAAAGCAAGCAGAACGUAAUUGUGAUCAUAAGAUAGACUACUUGGCGGUGUUGUAAACAUGCAGGUCUUCCUUAGCUUCCGCUCAGUUGGACUGAAUACCGACAAGUACAGUUCGCGCUAUACAAAUUAAGUCACCGUCGGUAUUCGGAGUGGUUAGAGCCAUGCCGAACUACGUAUUAAGCCUGCUCUUUAUCGCACUGUGUGUCUGGGAAACUAUUGUGGCGGGAUCUCCGACCAAGUGCGACCCCAGUCAGUGUAGCUUGCGCGACAAUUGCUUGUGCCCGGGCACGCGACCGCCGGCGAACCUGAGCGCCAGCAGCAUGCCCCAGUUCGUCAUGCUGACCUUCGACGACGCAGUCAACGAUCAAAAUAUGGACUUCUACCGUCAGCUGCUCGGCCCGGGAAGGCGCCGGAAUCGGGCCAACGGCUGCAACUUGGCCAUCACGUUGUUCGUGUCGGCCGGUUACACCGACUUCUCGUUCGUGCACGAACUGCACAGCGUGGGCAGCGAGAUCGCUAUCCACUCCAUCACGCACCUCGACAACCGGAGCCACUGGCGCACGCUGGACGUCGCCGGCUGGGAGGCGGAGUUCGUGGGCGACCGCGAGCUGCUGCGCGACUACGCGUUGAUCCCCGAACGCGACAUGGUGGGAGCAAGGGCGCCCUUCCUGGAGGUGGGCAACGGAGAAGCGUACGACAUGAUGCAGAAGAAUGGAUUCGUCUACGACUCUUCCGUAGAAAUCGAUUACAUGAACGAGCCCGACAAGCUGCCCUUCUUCCCGUACACGCUGGACUACGGCCUGGGAAUCGAGUGCAUGGUGCCGUCAUGUCCUAACGGUAUCCACCGGGGCUUGUGGCUGGUGCCGCUCAACUACCUCUAUGGGACGACCUUGCGCGGCGACGGAUCGCGCGCGCUCGGCAGCAGCUGCCCCAUGCCCGACAUGUGUAUUCCGCAACCCACCACGGAGGAGGACACGCUGGAUUUCCUCAGGUCCAAUUUCGAGCGGUACUACCACACCAACAGGGCUCCGUUCCCGGUGUUCACCCACGAAACCUGGCUGUGGAAUCCGGGGCGCAGGCAGGGUUUCCUUGCCUUCGUCGACUGGCUCCUGACCAUGGACGACGUGUUCAUCGUCACCGUGGACGAAGUGGUGCGGUUCAUGCGCGACCCCAAGCCCCUCGGCGAGUACGUGCAGACCAGCUGCUCGAGAGCCUCGGAGUUCCGGCGUUGUCCCCAAGUCUACUCGUGUUCGUUUCCCCGUGCGCCGAUCAGUAAAACCCGGAAGCUCAUCGGCUGCAGACGGUGUCCAGGAAGUUACCCGUGGUUACGGGACGUCGUGCGAACAGCGAACGAUGACGCACGAGUAGCCUGGAAACAGUACUUUGACGCCGGCUGUGUUCUUCUGUUCUGCUCGACAGUCGUCGUCUGUCUCUGCGUUGCUGCGAAGCGGUUCGGGCGUCGUAAGACGCACUUCGUUUAGCGCGUCUACCUUCCCGCUUAGUCGUCGGAUUUCGAGUUUGCCCGAUGCCUGAAUUGUAUCUGUCGACGCUAAUAAAUUUGAGACCGGUCAUUAA